AGCAAAACCGCGCUUCGCUAAUGGUUUCAUUCCCCCGCCUCUCCGACUAAAGCGACAAGCUCCACGACUGGCGGCGACGGCGAUUCCCUCCGAACUAAACUCUAGUUUUCUCAGUACUGCCCCGCAAGAUGAAGCUCGUUAGGUUUCUGAUGAAGCUGAACAACGAGACGGUGUCAAUCGAGCUCAAGAAUGGAACCGUAGUUCAUGGAACCAUCAUAGGGGUUGACAUUAGUAUGAACACCCACUUGAAGACGGUGAAAAUGACGCUCAAGGGGAAGAAUCCGGUAACCCUCGACCAUCUAAGCCUGAGAGGCAACAACAUUCGCUACUAUAUCCUGCCGGACAGCUUGAACCUGGAGACUUUGCUUGUGGAGGAGGCUCCCAAGAUUAAGCCCAAGAAGGCUGUUGCUGGGAGGGCAGUGGGACGUGGCCGAGGGAGGGGUCGUGGAAGAGGACGUGCACGUGGUCGUUAAAUUGUCUUUGACAUGGCUGCGCAUCAAGUUUUUCGGGAUCAGUUAGGGACUUGAGAGAAGUGAGAACUCUUUUGUAAGUUUUUAUUUGCGCUUGGAAAUUCGAAUUUGAAGUUGGUACUGAAUUUAGCUCUGAUGUGCGUUAUCUCUUGAGAUGUGGGUUGUUUAUAUACUUGCUGGUGUAAACGUGGUAGCUAGUAGUGUAAGUUUGGAGGAAGUGAUGAGAUGGUGUGAAAAUUGCAGCUUUCUAGAGCCUUCUAUUCUUGAUCUAUUGAUGCUGCUUUUUCAACUGAAAGACUGAUGCUCAUGUACCAUGUUUAAAGGGCUCAUUUUUCGAUGAAAUUUAUCAAGCAUUUGUGCUGCCUAUUUUCCAGAUCGAA